UUUUGCUCGACGUCACGUCUACCCGUCGAGCAUUGGGAGCCUAUGUCCGCCAUAGUAGUUGUGGUGCGUCGUAUGCGAAGCUCGGCAAAGAGUGUUAAUUCUCCUCAUGCCGAACACUCUUCACGACAUUAAGGAUAAAUUAUUGAGUGCAUUAGAUCCAGACUACAAUGUGGUGGAUAUGGCCACUGUCAUUGAAGUCAUUUCAAUUCUGGAGAAGACUAGCAUCACAAAAGAUGCAUUAGAGAAAACGAGAAUAGGGAAAUUCAUAAAUGAACUCCGGAAGAAAACUUCAAAUGAACAAUUAGCUAGAAGAGCAAAAGAAUUGGUAAAGAAAUGGAGAAAACUACUGCCAGUUCCAGACCACCCAACAAUCAAUGGAGAAAGAAUAGUGGGAAGUAUCAGUACUCCUCCGGUGGGAAUGACUCCGGCUGGUCCGGGUCCUGGGCCGGGAGUGGGACCCGGUCCCGGACCAGGAAACAAACCAGCUAGUCCAGCGAUAUGUAGGACUGGCAGCGGCAGCAUUGCCAAAUUUGCCAGUCCGGCAUUGAUGUCCGAGAGAGCGACUAGUCCGUGUUCUAGUGCUUCUAACAGUCCACAUUUACCUCCUCGACAUCAAGGGUCCAAUAGAACGACGGUUACACCUUCUGUGCAUGUGAUGAAUAAAUUGCCUGCGUCGGAUCAAGCCUUAGGUAGUGUCGUCAGUAACGGAAACAGUGCCACUUGUAAUCAGAUGUUCAAGCCUGUCAGUCCCGCGCUAGCUGCAGUUCAGAUGGCAAGUGGUGCUGGCGGGAAACAGGAAUUGCAUCUGUCUGGAACAAAUCUGGCUUGUCCCAAGCCUCACAGUCCUGCUGGAAGAAAUCCGGUCAGCUUACAUAAUAGUUCGAGGUCACUUAGUCCCUGCCUUAACAUUUCCAGUAAAUCAUUACCGAGUAGGCAUCUUCAGGAAGCAUCUUCGCCACACUCGUCUGCUCAGCAUUCUACGAUAUCUCCUCAUUCUGGAAUUAGCCAUUCCAGUUUAGAUUUAGCUAAAACAAAUGCAGCUAACAAGAGGCUGAGGAAAGAUCUCUCCCCCAGUUUGGCAGGUAAAAAGAGACGCACGGAAGACCGGGUACUUUUGAACGCCAAUGUGGCUAAUGGGAUGGAUCCCGCUCACUUCAAAAACAGAGUCACCAUCGAAAUCAUGCCCAGCAAGGGGUCGGCGUUCGAAAGUUUUAAAGCAAAUGAAACCAAGGACGAGACAAAAGAACAGGAAAGUGCUUUUAACGACAGCUUUGGAAAGAAGAAAAAGAAGGUCGGACCACUAUCCGACCACGAAGGACCCAAGGCGGAAGGAAUAUCCACUGGUCUAAAACUUCAGAAAGUGAAAACUACUCAGCAACUAAUAGCCGAAUUGCAGGCUAAGAAAGGUGCAAUGCCUUCUAUCGACUUAUUACCAAAUUUAACUUCUGACUCUAGGAAUUGUAGGACAAACGAUGUCACUCUGGGAUUACUGUUAAAGCGAUCAGGUAACUGUGCUCUGUUUGGUUCCGACGCUGAAGUGAACAAAACGAAAUCAGAACUGAUGGAUAGGUUCCUCCAGGCAUCUGCCAAUGAAAAGGGACUGGAAUCUCCGGCCCGGGAAUCCGCGCAACUAGAUCUAGCUCCUCCUGAAGAAAAGCCGAGAAUCCAUGUGGAUCGGGUGGGGGAAGAGAUAGAAAAGCUGAUGGCAUCGCUACCGGACAUCAGUUCAUUAGAGAUCCCAGAAGAGGAAGAGGAAUAUGUCCCAGUGAAAGCUGAACUUACUGAAGAGGCGAUCCUAAAGAUAUCAACAGAGAACUGGGAAAAUGUGAACGGCGAAUACGAUAGGGAAGGGAAGUGGAAAGAAUGGCACGAAAUGACCACUAGAGAAUCAUAUGAAGGUGAUUCCUUAAAUAUAUUGCCUUAUGUAAAUAUUGACUGGUAAAAAAUUUGCAAAAAUUAAUGUUAAUUCAAGGUUACAUUGAUAAACCUGGGAAUGUGUGAAAAUGUCUUGUAUAAAAAAAACCUUGUAAAUAUGAAGAGAUUUUUGUUUUCUUGCAUUCAAAAAUUGUUCAGUAAAAAAAAUAAAGCCCAAGGACAAGUGAUACUAAUAGAA